AUGGGAAAAACUAUCAAUUUCACAGAGGGAACACUUGAUGACCUUUCUUUCUUUGCUAAAUUCAAAGUACGUUGUGUCCCUUCCAACGGAGGCUGUACUGGUUGCAAUCCUCUCGAAGAUUCUGGCGAUAUUAUUCGACGACCAGGAACCAACCCACAGUAUCAAUUUCUUCCUAAUCAUACAGAUAUAAAUUACUUAAUGACAGUUUCCAACUACGAUCUGUUGCCUUACAACCGUUUUUCAGGAAAUAUGAGUUUCCGAAAUCUCCUAGAAGGUUUUGGAGAUAUAAAUGGUCCGACUGGGGACAGAAUGGUGACUCACAAUCAGGUACAUGCCUAUAUGAACGGAACCUUUUCAGAGCUAGCCACAGCUGCUUAUGACCCAGUAUUCCAGCUCCACCACGCUUUCAUUGAUAAACUGCUGGAAAUCUGGCUUCGAGAUAACACACCGGCUUUAUCGGAGUUACCAGAAUUCGAAGCCGAAGCUGGACACAACCGGAUGACAAACAUGGUCCCAUUCUUUCCAGUUAAAAAGAAUUAUCUUUAUUUUGCACAUUCACAUUCUCUCGGCUAUGAUUAUGACAGCUUAGUGCAAACUUCUGUCAUACCACGUGCUCCAAUAAAUCCUGUGUGGAUUAUAGUCAUUGUAGAAGCGGGUUUGGUUUUAUUGUUAGUUGUCGUAAUCAUAGAACUGGCUCGGAAGAAAUCCCGUUCAUCUUCCUCUCUGCGUUCCACAUCAGUCCACAGCAAUGCAACCGCCAGUAUCCCUGACGAAGAACAACCUAUUUUCAAACCUGGUGACCCUUCAUACAAGACUUAUAAUGCAGCCGAAACUUCGUAG